UUCUCCUUCUUUGUGUCUUUUCCCAGGGAAAGGGAAGCUGGCCUUGCAAGCUUGUUGCCAGGAGCAGCAGCUGCUUGUGGGGGCUGCCUGCCUGCCUGCCUUGCUCCAUGUGGCUGCUGCUGCUGCUGCUGCCACCAUGCACUCGCUCUCCCAGGAGAUCCGCGCCUUCUCCAAGGCCAACCUGAGGAAGCAAUGCACCCGGGUCACCACCUUGUCCGGGAAGAGGCUGAUCGAGACCUGGAAGGACGCCCGGAUGCAGGUGGUCGACUGCCCCGAGGAACUGGGACACGCCUGCGGCUACGUCCAGGACCUCAGCCUCGACCUCCAAGUGGGGCUCCUCCGGCCCUGGCUCCUCCUAGGAUCACAGGAUGCUGCUCAUGAUCUGGAUACAAUGAAAAAAUACAGGGUCACCCACGUUCUAAAUGUAGCCUACGGAGUUGAAAAUGCCUUCCCUCAUGACUUUACAUACAAGACAAUCCCUAUCCUAGACCUUCCUGAGACUGACAUUAUCUCCUACUUCCCUGAAUGUUUUGAAUUUAUUGAGGAGGUCAAGUUAAAGGAUGGUGUGGUGCUUGUUCACUGCAAUGCUGGAGUGUCUCGUGCAGCAGCCAUCAUAAUAGGCUUCCUCAUGCACUCAGAAGGACUCAAUUUUGCCAAGGCUUUUUCCUUGGUGAAAAAUGCAAGGCCUGCUAUUUGUCCAAAUCCCGGUUUCAUGGAGCAGCUCCACAAAUAUCACCAGCUGAAUAACAACAAAAAUGGGAACCUAAACGAUUCGGAAUGAUGAGAGAUGAAUUAACUUUUUUGGCUGCACUGCAAUGAGAAAAAGUGAACUUGACUACAAUGUAAUGGAAGAUGUCCAGAAUUACUAAAUUUGGCUUCACUUUUCAGUGUAUAUGUUUAUAUCCAUUUCAUCAGAUUAAAUCUUUUGUGUGUUUUCCCCAAGUUUUCACAAUAAUGGACAUAAUUAUAUAAUGAAUUAACCUGGAUUGACUGUGCCUCAUUGCUCUACCUGUGGGUCCAUUGCUAUGUUCUAAAAAACUUUAAGCUCACAAUAGCGUUCUACUUAUUUAUUGUAUUAUCUCUUUAUAAAAGAAUUUAACCUUCAAA